AUGGAGUGGCUGGAUAUUGCAAAAGACCUGAACGCUGGUACUAUUGGUGGCGUCGCAGGUAUCGUGACUGGUCAUCCGCUAGACACCGUCAAAGUGCAGCUGCAAACCAGUCGUGAGGCAAGUGUAGGGGUUUUGCGCACAAUACAGCGUGUUGUAGGUUCCGAAGGUGCUGCAGGACUCUAUAGAGGCCUGUUGUCCCCAAUACUAAGCAACGCACCAAUCAAUGCAGUGGUAUUUGGAGUACAAGGACAGGUGGUUCGUAGACUACAAACGAGGGAUGACAGUCCUUUGUCUAGUGGCCAGCAUUUUAUGGCUGGAUCCAGUGCUGGAUUAGUACAAGUCGUGUUUGCAGCACCAUCAGAGCAUGUAAAGAUUCAGCUACAGACAGGAGCUAUGGGUAAAGAAAACAGCUCUUUAGCUGCAGCCAAGAAAAUUGUAAGAAGAUAUGGCAUGACCAUGCUGUUCAAGGGAUGGCAGGUGUGUCUUUUGAGAGACGUACCGGCAUUUGGAGCCUACUUCUGUGGCUACGAGGCUUCAAAACGAGCAUUGACGGCAGGACGAAGUGAAAACGAGACUGAUCUUAAGCUUAUGAUGGCGGGAGGCAUUGCAGGGAUGCUAUCGUGGGUUGUAAGCAUGCCACAAGACGUGGUCAAAAGCUGCGUGCAGAGUCAAGGUCUUGAGGGCAAACAGAGGAGUAUAACGGAGAUCGUGAGAACUAGGAUGCAACAGGAAGGACUGGGCUUUUUCUUUAAGGGUUUCAGUGCGACUAUGCUCAGAGCUUUUCCUGUCAGCGCUGUGACAUUCCUUGUCUAUGAGAAGGCCAUGCAGUUCAUGUCCUGA